AUGGUAUCUGCAAUGUCCUUGCUUUGGUUUAACCAAAACAUCCCUAGAAUGAGUUUUAUUAUGUGGAUGGCCAUCAAGGGGAAGUUACCUACCCUUGAAAGAAUUGCUGCUUAUCGUCCUCUUGUUGUGACGUCUUGUCCGCUCUGUCAUGGCCCUCCCGAAUCCAUUGAUCAUCUUUUCUUUAAGUGGUCCUACUCUGAAGCUAUUUGGCGUCAAAUUAUUCGUAAGUGUAGAGUGGUGGGCAUUCCUCAUUCUUGGCAUCUGUUAAUUCCUUGGGCCUCUUCGUCGUGGAAUGGAAAAUCGGCGAGAUCUGUUGUCAAGAGACUUUGUCUUGCAGCUUCUGUCUACUUCAUUUGGAAGGACAGAAAUUAUUCUUCAACCUUCGAUCUUCCUUCUCUCUCUUCCUCGAUUCCUGUAAAACAGAUUGGAGGUGUGAACCGGGCGGCCGGAGCCGUGUGUGGUGGCCGGAGCCGUGUGGAGAAAAUAUGGAGAGUGGAGAGGGAGAAAGAGAGAGCUUCGGGAGCCUCGGGGCUAGGGUUUCGUAGAGAAUAUGCUGAGUUUAUUCUCUACCCAAAUUCGUAG